AUGUGGAUUGUCAACUGGUUCUAUGAUGUGCUGUCCUCCUUGGGACUGCUCAACAAGCACGCAAAGCUGCUCUUCUUGGGUCUCGACAAUGCCGGAAAGACUACUCUGCUUCACAUGCUGAAGAACGACCGUGUCGCUAUCCUCCAGCCCACUCUUCACCCCACAUCUGAGGAGCUUGCCAUUGGCAACGUUCGAUUCACCACCUUCGAUCUCGGCGGUCACCAGCAGGCACGACGUAUCUGGCGCGACUACUUCCCCGAGGUCAACGGCGUUGUCUUCCUUGUCGACGCCAAGGACCACGAGCGAUUCGGUGAAGCCAAGGCCGAGCUCGACGCCCUCCUGUCCAUGGAGGAGCUCUCCAAGGUUCCCUUUGUCAUUCUCGGCAACAAGAUCGACCAUCCCGAUGCUAUCUCUGAGGACGAGAUGCGACACCAGCUCGGCCUUUACCAGACAACCGGCAAGGGCAAGGUCCCUCUCGAGGGUAUUCGACCUAUCGAGCUCUUCAUGUGCUCAGUGGUUAUGCGACAAGGCUACGGCGAAGGUAUACGCUGGUUGUCGCAGUACGUAUAA